GCUUGGUCGUGUACGUGACGUUCGCGAUGUACUGGUUCAGCGAGUGGCUGAAGAACACGGUGCACACGACGAUCGCGGGGGUGUACGGGUCGUGGUACUUCUGCAGCGGCACGGCGCAGGGGAUGCCGGCGGGCGCGACGCGGGGCGCGCUGCGGCGGGCGACGACCUACUCGUUCGGCAGCAUCAGCUUCGGGAGCUUGAUCAUCGCGCUGAUCAACAUGCUGCGGCAGGCGUGCAGCGUGGCGCAGCGGCACGAGGCGGCGCAGGGCAGCCUCGUCGGCAGCGUGGCCUUCUGGGUCCUCGGGUGUUUGAUCAGCUUGCUGGACUGGCUGGUCACCUUCUUCAACCGCUACGCCUUCUGCCACAUCGCGCUGUACGGCAAGGCGUACCUCCCCGCCGCGCGCGACACCUGGUCCAUGAUGAAGGACCGCGGCGUCGACGCCCUGGCCGCCGACUGUCUGGUCGGGCCCGUGCUGACCAUGGGCUCGGUCUUCGUGAGCUACGUGUGCGCCCUCCUCGCCUACCUGUAUCUGCGGUACACCCACCCGGCCUACAACCAGGACGGGGACUUCACGGCGGUGAUCAUGGCGUUUGCGUUCGUGAUCGGGCUGCAGAUCUGCCAGAUCUUCCUGACGCCGAUGAGCAGCGGCAUCGAGACCAUCUUUGCCGCCAUGGCGUGGGAUCCCCAGGUCAUGAUCGAGCAGCAUCCGGAUCUGUAUCAGCGGUUGGUGCAGUUGUAUCCGCGGGUGCAGCAGGCGAUUCAUGCGUAGGGCCGGGAGGGUUCAGGGUUGGUUUUGUGCUGAAUAGGUGGCGUACUGUAUGACUUUUGGGGGAUUGUGGUUUGUCUAGUAGACUUGUCUCUCGGGUCUAGAUACUGUGGUGGUUAGACUGCACGUGGUACUAUAGUGUGCUCUCAAGCCGCCAGAGGCACUGCUAAUCUAAUAAUA